AAAAAAAAACCCCGCCGCAAUCAGUUCAUCACUAACUUCUAAAAUAAAUUACUCCAAAGAAAAACGGUAAAGAGGCGCAAACUCUCUGAGCAAAAUGAGGACACUUUCACUGACUCUUCUGCUUCUGCUGACAUGUUGUACAGUUCUUAUCCAUGCUUCUCCUUUGGGAGUGGAGUUGCGCUGCAAGUGCGUCAAGACGAUUUCAGACUUUAUUCCUCCAAAACAAAUCACUAACCUAAACAUAACACCAGAAGGACCACACUGCACUAACAUGGAAGUAAUUGUCACUCUGAAGAGGGGAGGGAAGGAGAUCUGUGUAAAUCCUGAAGCCAAAUGGGUGCAUGUAGCUAUUAAAAGAAUGCUGCACAGCGCUAAAGAGAAACAAUAAGAAGAAUCUUCAUCUGCUUGGAGGACAUGAAAAUUCCCUGUGAAUUGUCAGUUUAAGCUGCAUGCACUAGCUUACUGCUGCAGGAAGUGAACAGAAUCUAAUGAUGGGGACAACUGAGUUGAGAAAUAGGAUAUUGCCUUCAUGCUGUACUUUGUGGUAUAAUAAUGCUGCCACUAGCAACAUUAAGUAAAGCAUUUUGUUCUUCUAAUACUUGGACAAGGCGAAAUCACUAUAUGAGGGCUAUUAUUGAGCUAUUUGUGUAUCCUAAUGUUCCUGUGGCAUUUUUGUCUGUCAUGUAUGGCACACUGCAUUGUUAUAAGGUUACCCUGAAGCUGAGAUUUGUCUGAUGUGUACAAUUUGAAGCUCUCGGUGCAAGUACUUGAUUAUUCAUAGUUGUUUUAAAACUAAAAAAAUAUUUUUUGAAAACAGUUUUAUUAAUUUUUCUUUUUCAAAACAAAAAUACACAAAACAUACAAUUAAUGUUAUUGACUAGUUGUGAUAGUAAUAAUAGCUGUUAAAAUAUUUUAGAAACGUUAACUUACUUAGGAGCGUAUAACUUA